AUGGCACCAACCAGUGACCAGCCAAAGUCGACCGACAAGGGCAAGGGCAAGGCUGUUGAUGGUCCGGUCGACGAGAACAAGAAAGGAAAAGACAGUCAGCCUCAAGCAAAUGGCAAGAAGGGUGACGACAAGAAAGACUCUGCAGAAGAGUUGAGCGAUGAAGAUCAGCAGCUCAAGAACGAGCUUGACAUGCUCGUCGAGCGGUUAGGAGAGUCCGAUGCAUCUCUCUACAAGCCGGCCCUAGAGGCCAUGAAGACCUCCAUCAAAACCUCGACAUCUUCCAUGACCGCAGUCCCGAAACCCUUGAAGUUCCUGAGACCGCACUACGAGCCUAUGACGAAGCUCUACGAAGACUGGCCCGCGGGCGAUGACAAAUCGUCCUUGGCUGAUGUUCUGUCAGUCAUUGGCAUGACAUUCUCAGACGAAGACCGCCAGGAUACCUUGAAGUACCGGCUGCUAUCACCUACCCAGGACAUCGGGUCGUGGGGUCAUGAAUACACACGACAUCUGGCCUUGGAGAUUGGCGAGGUAUACGGAAAGCGGAUUGUUGAAGAUGAGCCUGUGAAGGACCUGGUUGAUCUCGCACUUGUUCUCGUGCCGCUGUUCCUCACGAGUAAUGCGGAAGCCGAUGCUGUCGACCUGAUGGGCGAGCUGGAGAUUAUCGAUCAGCUCCCCAAAUUCGUCGACGAAAACACAUACUCUCGUGUCUGUCUAUACAUCGUCAGCAUGGUGAACCUAUUGACAUUCCCGGAAAACGAGCAGUAUCUUAAGACCGCCCAUGCCAUUUACAAGGCAUACAAGCAGCAUACCCAGGCCAUGGUGAUCGCAAUACGGCUCAACAACCCUCAACUCAUCCACGAUGACUUUAAUGGUACAUCGGAUCCGGCUCUGAAGAAGCAGUUGGCGUUCCUGAUCGGUCGUCAAAAGAUCUGGCUGGACGUUGACAAGGAAGGUGAUGAUGAGAAGGACGCUCAAGAGAUUGAUGAGGCCCUCUGCAACAUCAAGCUCUCUGAGUAUUUCAAGACGCUUGGCAAGGAACUCAACAUUCUCGAGCCCAAGAUGACAGAGGAUAUCUACAAGAGCCAUCUGGAGAGCAGCCGUGUGGCCGGCAUGACGAACCUUGACUCGGCGCGACACAACCUUGCUGCUGCUUUUGUCAACGCUUUCGUCAACGCAGGCUUCGGCAACGACAAGAUGAUGCUGGUUGAGGAGGAUAAGGAGAGCUGGGUGUGGAAGACCAAGGACGAAGGCAUGGUGUCGACGGUGGCGUCACUAGGAACGCUUCUCAUGUGGGACGUUGAGAACGGGUUGGACAAAAUCGACAGGUUCACCUACGCCCAAGAGCCUCAGAUCCAAGCUGGCGCUAUGCUAGCCAUUGGUAUCAUGAACUCCGGCGUACGGAUAGACAGUGAUCCUGCACUGGCCUUGCUGGGAGACUCGGACAAGCUCGAACACAAGAACCCUCUCGUGAGGACUGCGUCGAUAAUGGGUCUCGGUCUCGCUUACGCAGGGUCACAAAAAGAGGACCUGAUGGAGUUUCUGCUACCGAUCGUCACCAACUCUGCCAACGACAUGCAAUUCUCUGCAAUGGCCGCGCUUUCCUUAGGUUUGAUCUUUGUUGGCUCUGGUAACGCUGAGAUCAGCAUGGCUUUCGUUACCCUCCUUUUGGACGAAGAGCGCAAGUCACAACUUACAGAUAAGUGGACGCGCUUCCUGGCUCUUGGCCUAGGUCUUCUCUUCUUCGGUCGCCAGGAACAGGUCGAUGUCGUCCUAGAGACCCUGAAGGCCGUCGACCAUCCCAUGGCUAGACCGACUUCUGUUCUGGCGGAGAUCUGUGCCUGGGCGGGCACUGGUGCCGUGCUGAAGAUCCAAGAGCUUCUACAUAUCUGCAACGAGCACAUCGAGGAAUCCGACGAGAAGAGGGGCGAUGAGCUGUUGCAGGCAUACGCAGUCAUUGGAAUUGCACUAGUGGCUAUGGGUGAGGACGUGGGACAAGAGAUGGUUCUGCGGCAAUUUGGCCAUCUUAUGCACUACGGAGAGCCCAACAUUCGUCGCGCUGUCCCCUUGGCUAUGGGUCUAAUCAGCACCAGCAACCCCCAAAUGAAGGUGUACGACACACUGUCGCGGUACAGCCACGACAAUGACAACGAUGUUGCCAUCAACUCAAUCUUCGCCAUGGGUCUGCUGGGAGCCGGCACGAACAACGCCAGACUGGCCCAGCUGCUUCGACAGCUUGCCAGCUACUACCACCGCGACCAAGAAUCGCUCUUCAUGGUUCGCAUAGCCCAAGGUCUUCUGCACAUGGGCAAGGGCACCAUGACCCUUAAUCCGUUCCACACUGACCGCCAGAUCGUUUCGCGGGUAUCUACCGCCGGCUUGCUUGCCGUUCUUGUCGCCAUGAUCGACGCCAAGCAAUUCAUUACCUCGAGCUCACACUACCUCCUGUACUUCCUGGUCACAGCGAUGCACCCCCGAUUCCUCGUUACUCUAGAUGAAGACCUGAAGCCAUUGACAGUCAACGUGCGUAUCGGUCAAGCCGUCGAUGUUGUUGGCCAGGCAGGUCGGCCCAAGACGAUCACUGGAUGGCAAACGCAAAGCACGCCAGUGCUUUUGUCGCACGGAGAACGAGCAGAGCUCGAAGACGAAGAGUACAUCAGCUUAAGCAGUACCCUCGAGGGCCUCGUCAUCCUCCGCAAGAAUCCGGACUGGGAGGACGGCAAAUGA